GCUGAGCGAGCGGCGCGCGAGCCCCUCACCGCGUGCCUGGGCUGGACCGCGAGCUGCCGGCCGGAGCCCCCGCCUGUGCCCCGGGCUCCGCGCCCGUCCAUGAGGCAGAACCGCUCCUCGUCCCGCUCUUCCCUCGCCUCAGCGUGACUCUGUUCUGAUAACUCCGCCCCCUACGUAUCAUCCUUUACUUUGGAUUUCCUUGGUCCAGGCACAAUCUGGGAAGAAGCCUUUCAGCAUGUCGCUGCUCCAUCACUUGUACAACUAUUUGCAGGAUCCAGAGAAAGUUGCCAUGUUCCAACGGCUCUGUGGCGUGGAAGUGCCCCCGGACUGGGGUCUUGCCUCUGUGGCUCCAGUGGAGGUGGGGGAGUCGGAUGCCGUGUUGGUCAAUGGGAGCUGCCCUGUUGCCCAGGCAGAUGAUGGAGGUGGCAGACGGCGCCGAUUCCAAGACCUUUCUAAAGUGGAUGAGAAGGGUGAUGCAGAUCAUUUGAAUGGCAUGAAGAAUGGGGAGGCCUGUGGGGUGGAAUCCCACAAGGAGCCCAAGGUGGAAGAAAUGCCGAGUGGCUGGGGUUCUAAAAGACAGCCUCGUCGCAACUCUCUGACUGGGGAAUCUGUUUGCCAGCAGUUCUCAAUCAGAAACCAUUUUCUUUAUUACCUGUUCAGUCUAGGCACAGAGCUGGGCAAUGAACUCUUCUACAUUCUGUUUUUCCCGUUCUGUAUCUGGAAUGUGGAUGCUUGGAUGGGCAGGAGGCUCAUCAUCAUCUGGGUUUGGGUCAUGUACCUGGGUCAGUGCACCAAGGAUGUUAUCCGUUUGCCAAGGCCUGCGUCUCCACCAGUGGUGAAGCUGGAGGUUUUCUACAACUCUGAAUACAGCAUGCCUUCUACCCAUGCCAUGUCAGGCACUGCCAUCCCUAUGGCAAUACUUUUGUUCAGUUACGGACGGUGGCAGUAUCCUUCGAUAUAUGGAUUGAUUCUUGCCAUCUUCUGGUGUUCUCUGGUUUGUUUUAGUCGUAUAUAUAUGGGAAUGCAUUCAAUUCUGGAUGUUAUUGCUGGAUUCUUUUAUGCUCUUCUCAUCUUGGCUGUCUUCUUUCCAGCCGUGGACCUAGUUGACAGCUUUAAUUUAACCUGCAAGUAUGCACCACUAAUUAUCAUCAGUCUUCAUCUGGUCUUGGGGAUUUUCUCCUUCACUUUAGACACCUGGAGCACCUCCCGAGGGGACACAGCUCAGAUCCUGGGCUGUGGUGCUGGAGUUGCUUGUGGCUCCCACAUGAUGUACAUCCUGAGCCUGAUGCCUGAUCCUUCGCCAGAGAUGCUUCCUCUGUUGCCGCCCCCACUCACCGUUACCCUCUUUGGCAAAGCUAUGCUGCGGCUGCUGAUCGGAGUGGUGCUUCUGCUGCUGACAAAAGCAGCCAUGAAGAAAGUCACCAUCCCUCUAGCCUGUAAGAUCUUCCGUAUACCUUUUGAUGACAUUCGACAAGCCCGGCAGUGCAUGGAGGUUGAAUUGCCUUAUCGCUAUAUUACCUAUGGGGCUGUGGGAUUUGCACUGAGCUUCUUGAUUCCUUCCCUGUUUCUCGUGAUGGGACUGUCCUGAUGCAGGUGUUGUCUUGCUGUGGGAAGGGAGGUGGACAGUUAACAUGUGAAGCAGGUGCACCUUUGAAAAAUGCAGAGAUGUGCUGUUAUACUUUUUCUGCUAAUGUAAUGCGUGACAGGUUAAGAAAGCUCAGAUCUUUGAUAACUUUCAAAACUUAGUGACUUCAUGUCCCUGAGAAAUGCCAUGUCAAGUCUUAAUGUUGUAACAAAAUGUAAACUCUGUGUAUGUGUACAUAUAUACUGUUGAUGCUUCGAACUAUAAAUAUACUUCUAUAUUUGGCCAUGUAAAAAUGGGUAUAUUUAUAGCUGGUUCAAAAGUUUUGUCAGUGGUCAGUUAAAGCCAUUUUGUAUUAAGUUAUUUGUUUCAUUCAACCACAAACUGCUAUAAUGGAAAAGCUUCUUUUGCUUUUAUCUCUGCACUCCCAAUCUUUUAUGGAGGAAAGAAGCUAUUGUAAUGGACCAAAGGUCUAAUAAGAUUUGGCUUAGAAAACCUGGUAUUUUAGAUCCCUUUCCAUAUACUUCAAUAACUUUAAUUUGUGAAUAGGAACCAGUUACAUCCAGGUACUGUAUUUUUGGUUGAUAAUUGUGCCUUUCUGUUGCUAAAUGAAAAAACACCAUAUACUGUGAUGUAUAUAAAAAGCCCAGAAGUAUUUAACAUUUUUACUCAAUUUGGCAGAUAUUUUAAAAUGUAACUAGCCACAAAAGUAAUAAAAUAAAUAUUUUAUCUUCUAUAUUAAAAUAUGAAAAUAGAGUGAGCUGAAACUUAAAAGUUUGCUAGUUAUUUAAUCCCCUU